CUACCCCCAUAACACUUCACAGCGCAUUCCUCUCAUCGAAGCACACAAUUGGUACAAAGUAAAAGCCUUAGAUACCCAAAAAAUCUCGUCUUUCCUCUCCAUUAGAAUCCAUGGCUUCCAACUUUAGCUUGAUGAGGACCUUGGCCGUCCUAGCUCUUGCAUUUGCCUUGUGCUUGCAAGCCACCAUAGGGGAAAUAACAUGUGAACACCUUGACCAAGACACCUGCACAUACGCGGUGUCGUCCACAGGCAAGCGCUGUGUGCUGGAGAAGCACGUCAGGAGGAGCGGUGAGGAAGAAUACACCUGCCGCACUUCUGAAAUUGAAGCUGAUAAGAUCAAGAACUGGAUUGAAACCGACCAGUGCGUGAAAGCAUGCGGGCUCGACCGAAAAUCCUUUGGCAUCUCAUCAGAUUCCCUCCUCGACUCUCGCUUCACAGAAAUGCUUUGCUCCCCUCAAUGCUACAACAGCUGCCCCAACGUCGUCGACCUUUACUUCAACCUGGCCGCCGGUGAAGGUGUUUUUCUUCCAAAAUUAUGUGAGGCACAAGGAGCAAACGCACGCAGAGGAAUGGCUGAGAUCCGAAGCUCAGGUAUGGUUGCACCAGGACCCGCCAGCGGUGCGAAGUUCUUCGGAGUUGCCCCAGCAAUGGCGCCGUGCUAGAUCCUGAUUGAGUGGAAUUUAUUAUACAAAGACUUCACAAAAGUUUAGUUUACAAUAAACGAAAGUUGCACUAGGGGUUUUAGAAAGCAGGGGUCAUUUGCAUGGACCAUCUUAAUUUGGUGUAUACAGGCCAAUAAAGUGCUACUUUCUAUCAGUAGAUUUCAUUAUGAGGUUUGCUUUUGCUUUGUUUAUUUGCUUAUUGUAAUGGGUAUGACAAACAAAAUUACAUGUGAAAUAUAGAUUAAAAGAGUUAUUUUAAUGUGAUA